AUGCGACCGAAUCCACCCACACUAUUCGCUGCUGAGCGACCAUGUUUCUUCUCACACUCUCUUCUCACUACAGCUCCUACUAUUCGCUUUGAUGAUUAUCUUGGCACUGCAAUGUUUUGUCGAACGGUCGCCGAUUACGUGCUGCUCGAACGUCAUCGACUAUCACCGUCUCCGCUCAAGCUGACGUUUCUGCAGAUUGCUUGGGUUUUGCCGUACUUAUUGGUUCGUUUGACUUCGUCUUUUUUCCUGUUCUUGGGUUGUUCUUUCAUUUACGCCUCGUUGUUUGAACAAUGGGGACAGUUUGUCUCGAGGUCACUGCGAAGUUCGUCACAUCCUGGGCGUUAUAGAUCUAGUCGAUAUUGA